AUGCCUCACGUCAAUGGCGCCAAUGGCGCGAAUGAGAUGGAGUAUAUUAUGCAACGAGCGCGCCAGGGCAGUCGAAGCUUGCCAUUCAUGACUGACACUCUAGGCAAUAGCUUGAACGAUCGCUUGCUCUUCGCAGUGCCCAAGAAGGGCCGCCUCCACCAAGUCUGCCUCGACCUCCUCCACGGCUCAGACAUUCAAUUCCACCGCCACUCGCGCCUCGACAUUGCGCUCGUCAAGAACUUGCCUCUUGCGCUCGUCUUCCUCCCCGCCGCCGAUAUCCCCACGUUCGUCGGUGAGGGUCGUGUCGACCUCGGAAUCACCGGCCGCGAUCAAGUCGAAGAACACGAAUGCGGCGUUCCUCCCACAGCCACAACUGGCGUCGUUGAGGUCCUCGACCUCGACUUUGGAAAAUGCAGCCUGCAGGUUCAGGUACCCUCGAAGGGCGACCUGGCCAAGCCGGAAGAUCUGAUCGGCAAGAACGUCGUCACCUCUUUCACAAACCUUGCCGAGCAGUACUUCAGACGGCUAGAGGCUGAGCAGAGCGGAGAGACCAACGGUGACGCAAAGGAUGCGAAGCUGAAGACGAACAUCAAGUACGUCGGUGGCAGUGUCGAGGCGGCAUGUGCGCUCGGUGUUGCUGAUGGAAUCGUCGAUCUCGUCGAGUCUGGAGAGACGAUGCGCGCUGCAGGCCUGAAGGCUAUCUCCACAGUCGUCUCGUCAAGCGCUAUCCUGAUCAAAUCGAAACACCCCUCAGACCCCAAGCUUGUUGAUCUGAUCACAGCCAGGAUAAAGGGUGUCAUCACUGCACAAAAGUACGUCCUCUGCCAGUACAACAUCGAGCGCUCCAAGCUCGAUAUCGCCAAGCAGAUCACGCCUGGAAACCGCGCGCCGACUGUCACUUCGUUGGAGGAGAACGGCUGGGUCGCCAUCUCAGUCAUGGUACAGAGGAAGCAGAUUGCUAUUGCCAUGGACAGGUUGACCGAGGCGGGCGCUUGCGAUAUUUUGGUCACCAAGAUCGAGAACUCAAGAACUCACGAUUAG